GUCGGAGAUUCUCUGGGGACACCUUUAUAUCUGCCUAGGCAUUUGGCUGUCUCGUUCCCCCCUCUAAAGAAGUACAUCCAACGGCGGUUAGAAUAAGAGAGGAAGUCCCUGUACCCUAUGGAGGAAGAGAGGCCUUGAUGGAGAGAACCCAGAGGCCAAAGGCCAGCACCACCUGCUUGGUAUUGAGUUGGAGAGGAAAAAUCCUUUUUGCUGACCCCACCUCUUGCUUUUUGGGACCAGAAGUAUCCAAAACUGGACGUGUAAGAAGAUCCACUGGAAGGCAAGAAAAACAUUGGAACUUCUAGCUACUUCUUGGAAGAGCAGUGGAGAGAAAAAUAUUGUUUCUUUUUCUUGGGAAAUUGGCAGAGGCAUGCUGAAGAAAUCAGCUACAGCUGGUCUCCACACCUGGAUAAAUUUUUAAUAAGAACUUAAUGCACCCGCCCUCCAGAAAGGGUGGUCCGUGGUGCCUAUGGUGUUGUCUCUCCCAGGGAGGGCUCUUCUGGGCAGCUUUCUCUGUGACCUGGAGAGCAAAGCGUCUAUUUCCAUCACAUUUCAGCUGCCAAACUCCCCUUUAAACGCGGAGUCUUGCUCUGUUGCCCAGGCUGGAGUGCGGUGGUGCGAUCUUGGCUGACUGCAACCCCUGCCUCAGCCUCUUGAGUAGCUGGGACUACAGGAUGGAUGAAAAUUAUAACCUCUUGCCUCACGGAGUCAAUUUCCAAGAUGCCAUCUUCCCAGACACUCAAGAGAACAGAAGGAUGUUUUCUAGCCUUUUCCAGUUUUCAAACUGUUCGCAAGGGCAGCAGCUGGCGACUUUCUCCAGUGACUGGGAAAUCCAGGAAGACAAUAGGCUCAUGUGCUCCUCGGUGCAGAAGGCCCUGUUUGAGGAGGAGGACCACGUCAAGAAACUGCAGCAGAAAGUGGCCACCCUGGAGAAGCGCAACCGGCAGCUCCGGGAGCGAGUGAAGAAGGUCAAGAGGUCCUUGCGGCAGGCGCGUAAGAAGGGCCGCCACCUGGAGCUGGCGAACCAGAAACUCAGUGAGAAGCUGGCGGCGGGCGCGCUGCCGCACAUCAAUGCCCGGGGGCCCGUGCGCGCCCCCUACCUGCGGGGGUAACGGGCCUGGGGGCCGCCAGGUGUGCAGGGCCAAUCCUGGCGGUAAUUGAGAAUGAAUGAGGUUUUGUACAUGCAGCUAUUUCAAGGGUUGUAGGAGUUUUGUUUUUAAUCACGCAUUUGGUAGAGUCUAAAUGGAUAAAAUGCAAGGCUUGCUUUCCCCUUGGGUGCUGGCCUCAACGUCAGACCCCACGCGCUGCCCCUUCCUGGCCUGACCCCAGACGCAGUGCCUGGCAGUCCAGAGGCAGCGCGAUCCCUGAGUGCUGAGUACUCGCCUGCAGAGCGGCCCAGAAAGAGCCCUGACUGGGAGAGAACAUUUUAGAAUCUCUAGUGUAAAAGACAUCAACGUGCUUAGCCUUUAUUUCAGAAGAAAAUCAGGGUGGUUCCCAGCUCACCAGUCCAGGACAACCAUUAGUCCUGAUAGUGAGCUGACACUAGUGCUGGAACCUGCUGGCACCUCACUGUCCACAUCUUUGGAAGGGGAUGGUGGCCUUGCAUCCAAGAUGCCUGAAAAUCAACACGUGCAGGGCCUCCCUAUCCAGCCAGCAUUUUCCUUCCAGCUGAGGCAAGUGAAGACUUCAUAAGCUCAUCACAGGGGAGGGAAUUAGGAGCAGGGCAGCAGGUAAUUAAACAAGAUAAAUUAUACCUGAUUUCCAACACCAGCUACAAAGAGUUGAAGAUGAUACCUAUGGGUUGCGUUAACACAGGGGGCAACUGCCUUGAUCGGCCUGCCGUGGGUCAUCAAACUGCUUCCUAAAUUGAGAGAACCUGAGCAAUCUCUCGGCCACUGCUAUAGUCUAACUUCUUGUUUGCUCAGUAAUUUCAGUUUCUAAUGUCUCUGAAUUCAAAGUGAGGUGCUCCAACACGCUGUGAACUUCUGCAAAGACACCUCCUUACCUAUUGGGAUCAGGUGACCUGAUCUCACUCCCCGCCAGGCUCCCAAAGGGCUCAUUCCAGCCAUUCCAGUCUCUUCUUUAUGCAAACACUUUCCGCUCAACAAGCCUUGUUUGUUCCGAUAGGAAUAUGUGUACAUCAGUGCACUUGUCCUUACAUCAGUUCCUUACACCACCAAAGCACUUCACCUUUCUGGAAAUAAAACUUUUAAGACACUACUAUAAGUAAAAAUGAGAGUAUUCACUAUACUUAUUGCUCAGGCACAUUUGAGCAGGUCCCAGCUGUGUGAUUAAGUCAACUGAGUGGCCUUUUCUGGGUUAUCUUCUGAUCAUGGCCUUUCAACCCAACAAGGGCCCUUCCCUGCUGUUCCACCAGUAAAGGCUCCUGGCCCCUCAUCAUGAUCUGCCCCCCAGAGACCACCCAGACACUGCAGGGCCUGAUGAUGCUGUCCUCUGCACCGGAAAUGGCAGGCAUUGCCAGAUUUCCACUCUUCUGCCUUUAGGAAAGCUGGGUGCUUCUUGCUCUGACAGCCAGUCUGGGGAGAUGACUCUUAUGUCGCUUGAGUCUUGGUGGCAGGCUGCUGUCCAAGGGGAAGAAGUCUCUGCUCUGGACUGGACAGAAGAGAGACUUUUACCCUGGGGCACUCACACGGCCAAGCUUCUGCCACCACUUCAUUAGCAGUAUUCUCCAUAGCAUGGUGAGAUAGCAGGUGCGUCUUCUAGUUUAUUCCUCCUGGGGACAUUUCCUCAAAGCAGUUUUGCUCCCCCGCAAGGGAAUGGUCAGCCUAAGGGUGAUGUACAGCCCAUGCUUGGAGGACCAUGGAAGCUGCACCCCUACAGGUGCAUUCUGUUCUGCUUUUCCAAUAAAUACGAGCGGCGAUUUCAACCACAA